UGAACCCUAUCUGUUAUAAGAUGGGUCUCCAAAUGAACCUGAAUAACUACACAAGGAGAUGACAACAAGAAGAGGUAUUGGUUCCCCUACAAAUGAUGCUGAAACUACGCAGCCCCCACCCGACAGCAAGGAUGUUGGAGGUGGGAACUUCGGCAACAAUUACUUCAACGUGGUUCUUAUUGCAUUUGUUCUGUUGGGAUUGGCAUACUACUCAACAAGUACCACAAGUGAAAUGUCUAAAUUGACAAUUUUGAUUAACUAUGGUGGGAGGUGGGUUGAUUCAAGGUACGAAAAUUUCAAAACUAGAGCAGUACUCGUUUCCAAUACAAUUACAGUGAAGGAGCUUCAGAAGCAAGUAUAUGACAUUAUCAAUGUGGACCCAAAUGACUAUGAGAUAACUAUAAUAGCUAUGUAUGAAACAAUGAAAAGUGCAUUGCCUGUGGAGAUAGCCGAUGAUGAUGACGCGAGAGCUUUUAUUUUUGAAAGUCGUUUAAAGUCUUACAAGAUUCCAUUGUGCAUUACAUUGGAGGAGACCAACCUUCUGGGGUCUCCACAAGUUCCUGAUUAUUCCUAGUUAAAACGUUCGUGGGCUUGGCAUCCAACCAACGUUCGAUAACCUGAAUUAUCUCCUCUUCAGGGUAAGUGGCCUAGUAUGGGUUUUAGUGCUCCUCUUGCGCUGUCCAAAGACUAUAGUUGUUCUCAUAGGCGGUUUUUUUGGACAGAGUUUUGGGAAUCGUUGGUGUGUGCUCCCUCAAAAUUUGAUUCGCUUUUUCUUAUUCCGCUGUUUUUUAUGACUAUUUGCGAGCUGAUUAAUCCCUACGCCUUCUCUAUGUUGUCUUGGUGUGUUUCUUGUGCCUCUGACCCUUGGUGUACCGAACAACUCUUGUGCUGGACAAAGGACUAUGAUUGUGCUAUAGAAGGAUUUCUUUGACAGUUUGGGAUACAUUGGUGUGCUCUCAUGUUGGGGUCUCCUGCACUGAAUUUAUCUAGUAGUAUGGUUGUUUUGUUUUGGUUAUUUGUAAUGGUUUGAUGGGUCUCAAUGGGACUCUCCUGUUAGUCCACAGCAUGUGUGGAACUCUUUUCUACCCUUGGUUUUUUCCCAUGUGGUUUUCAUAGAAAUGUUUUAACGAGACCACUGUUCUCAUGCUAUACUAUGUAUGAACCUAUCGGAUUAUGAAUGAAAUCCUUUUUACUCUAAAAAAAAAA